UUUCGGGGCCAGACUAGGUCCCGGGUAGAGGGAGACUUAGACUAUCGCUGUUUGCUUUGCAGCCAGGCCGAAGCCAGGCGCGCCUGUCGGUCCCGCGGUCACCCUCCGGAGUCCCGGCCGUCCAGAAGAUCCGGCCGUCAGGGAUGUUUUAUUUCCACUGUCCACCACAGCUUGAGGGCACUGCACCUUUUGGCAACCACCCUACUGGAGAUUUUGAUGAUGGAUUCUUGCGCAGAAAACAGCGCCGGAACCGGACAACAUUCACUCUUCAGCAGCUGGAAGCUCUGGAGGCAGUUUUUGCCCAGACGCACUAUCCCGAUGUAUUCACCAGAGAAGAGCUGGCUAUGAAAAUAAACCUCACAGAAGCCAGAGUGCAGGUUUGGUUCCAGAACCGAAGGGCCAAAUGGAGGAAAACAGAGAGAGGCGCCUCUGACCAGGAGCCAGGAGCCAAGGAGUCCAUGGCAGAGGUAACAUCACCACCUGUGAGAAAUGUCAAUUCCCCACCUCCUGGGGACCAAGUCCGGAGCAAGAAGGAGGCCCUGGAGGCCCAGCAGAGCCUGGGGCGUACAGUGGCUCCUACAGGACCUUUCUUUCCCUCUUGCUUGCCGGGGACCCUCUUGAAUACAGCAACAUAUGCCCAGGCCCUGUCACAUGUUGCCUCCCUGAAAGGGGGCCCACUGUGCUCUUGCUGUGUCCCAGACCCCAUGGGGUUGUCUUUCCUCCCUCCCUAUGGCUGCCAGAGUAACCGCACGGCCAGCGUGGCUGCCCUGCGCAUGAAGGCUCGGGAGCACUCAGAGGCUGUCCUGCAGUCAGCCAACCUCCUGCCAUCUGCCAGCAGCAGCCCCAACCCUGUGGCCAAGUCGUUGCCCCCCGAUGGCAACCAGGACAAGACCCCUUCUGCCAAGGAACAGAGUGAAGGUGAGAAGAGUGUAUGAGGGUCCCAGGGACCAAGCCUCGCAC